AUGGUCAAUUCUCUCUCCUCCACAUCUGGUCCUGUAGCAUCUGCUGCAUGUUCAAGUUCGUCAAAGCAAUUCCGAUUUGUAAAGGGUGCCACUAGCCAGAAGAGGCGUCGAAAGGAGGCCAAAACUCGGUCGACUGACCAGGAAGACCCGUCAGCGGCCACGAGAGACAUUUCGUUGAGGGCGACAGGACAAGAACUGGAAAACCCCGGGCAUCAUCAGAAUUGCGAUGACUUCGCUGAUUUUGAUUCCCAAGAGGCAUUUUUAUCCGAUAAUCUCGCUUUAUUUGCGUCUCUAUUUCCCAAUGUUGUCACUGCACCAGCACAUGAUACCGGGACCCCAAUUACGUUGACGCCAGGGUUCAUCGACAUGCUCAAAAUGACACCACUCACUACAACGGACAGCUAUACGGAUCCGGCCGUUGAAGAGAUCCCAAAUAUGGACCCCAUGCCUCAAAGUGCAAUUCCAGGUGAUUCGGAUCCACAAAACUUCCAAGAAGCAUUCUCAUCCCACCGUCGGACAGAUUCCAGAACGUCCUAUGCCACAUAUUUGGACGAAGAACAGCUUCUUCAUAUCUAUGAUUCAGAAUACUGCGUGCUUCCGCUCACGGGAGAUAUCCCCGGGGCCGAGGAGCUCUGUAGAAAGAAGCUCUGGUGA